AUGUCCAAUCACAGAAUGGAAUUCUGGAAUAUGACAAUCAAAAUGAUUUUUAUGUUACAAAUUACAACUGGAGUCCUGGGAAAUGCCUUGUUUCUUAUCUUCUAUCUGGUCUACUAUAUAGAACAUAUAUUAAAGCCCACAGAUUUGAUUCUCAUGCACAUAAUGACAGCCAAUGUCUUGAUAGUUCUGUCUAAAGGAGUGCCAAAUACAUUGGUAGCUUUUGGGUUGAAAAAGUUUUUAAAUGAUUUUGUAUGCAAAAUUAUUUUGUACAUUCAAAGAGUUGGCAGGAGUGUGUCCAUUGGCACCACCUGUUUCUUGAGUGUCUUUCAGGUCAUCACCAUCAGUCACAGGGAAUCCUGUUGUAAGGAUCAAAAAGCAAAGGCUGCAAAGUACAUUGGCUGCUCCAUUUUCUUACUCUGGGUCUUGUCCAUGAUUAUACAUUUCAUUUUCUUGGUGUACACACUUGUCAAAAGAAAUAACAAAAACAUGACAAGAAAUCGAGAUUUUGAGUACUGUUCCACUGGAGGGCAUAAUGAAAUUAAUGACUUGCUCUAUGCUGUAUUGGUGAUGUGCCCUGAAGUCUUCUUUUCUGUGCUCAUUGCCUGGUCCAGUGGCUCCAUGAUUGUGAUGCUGUACAGACACAAGCAGAGGGUUCAACAUAUCCACAGCAGUCAUGUUUCAAGGAGAAACUCUCCAGAAUCUAGAGCAACCCAGAAUAUUCUUGUCCUGGUGUCUACCUUUCUGGCAUUUUAUACUGUCUCCUCUGUCUUACAAGGCUGCAUUGCUCUUUUGUAUCAUCACAAUUGGUGGCUGGUGAACAUUACCCGCCUCACUUCUCUGGGUUUUCCAUCUUUGGGACCCUUUGUUCUAAUGAGUCAUUAUUCUAUUAUGCCUAGAGUCAAUUUGGUCUGGAUAUGGAAUAAAAUUUUCUAA